GGUGUACUCGAGUACAAGUACAAGUACGAGUACUAGGUCCCGGACUGGGACAGUGCUAGCACUCGAGUUCAGCCCGAAUAUACAGCCCCACCAACCACCACCCUCCCGUAUCUGGUAAUCAGCUUCCGCCAACUUCCUAAAUCACACGUUACACACGACCAGUUCCCGAUUAUCCAUCCUUGCUAUGGUUUAUGGCCCCUUCCCCAACCAGAGCUUAACCUUCUUUUCUGCCAACGAGGUAGACUAUAUAAAGUCGAGGCUAUCGCCCAUGUCCAUUCCAUUUCGACAUUGACUUUGCAGUCUCUCUCCCUCGCACUCACCUCCCCCUCCCCGCAACGACUCUUAUAAUCCUUCGAAAAGAAAAAUAAUAAUAGUAAUAAUGAAGAUUCUCAUCCUCGCCGCAACCCUCCUCCCCUUUCUCACUUCGGUCGCUGCUCAAGCUCCCCGCUAUGCCGGUUGCUACCGCACGGCGGGCGGCCUCAUCCGGGUGGAUUCACAGCGCCCCAGCUGUGCCGAGGCUUGCACUGACGCUGGCAACGCGCCCAUCGGAGCGCUGACCAGGACCAAUGAAUGCUACUGCGGUACCACUCCGCCACGCGACGAAGAUCGAGCCCCGGAUGCCUCGUGUGAUUCUCCUUGCCCUGGUGCUCCGGAGUUGGCUUGUGGAAGCAAUUCCGGACAAUUCUUCUCGGUUUACUUCUGGACAGGAGGUCCUUCACCUUCCUCGGGCGCUAAUAACGCGACAGUUUCCUCUACUCGCGGUGGGAACAGAACCUCCACUGGUCGUAGCUCUGGGACUCAGACUGCCACCACUACUGGGGCUACGAAGUCUGGAGGAGCUACCGGUACAGCCUCGGGAGGAUCGGCACCGAGCAAGACCGAUUCGGAGGGGAGCAGUGCCCCAUCCGAAUCUACUGGCAGUGGUGGGGCCACGUCGUCCAAUUCUGGCGAUAAUUUGCACAUUGGGGGAGCGAUGUUGAUCGGGGCAGUGGUGAUGGGUGUUCUCACCAUGGUUUUCUAAGGACGGGGGGGGGGGUUUCCGUGUUGGGGGGCGGUGAUUGUUUGUACAGAAUUAGUAUCGUAUCUCUCCGAAGUUUAGUAGUUUUUUUUUAGACAGUCGUAUUCGAGAUUUCGAAAUAAUUGGGGAAAAUAAUACCACUUGGAAAUUUUUUUAUGCAAAA